GAUUUGCUCAACAAAAAAAAAUAAAAACUUUCUUUUCUACAGCCUGUUGUAAGCAAUCAGAUGGGCAGAUAGACGCUCACACUCAAGUUGAGCAGGCACACCUACCCAGAGGUCUGAGAGCAAUGCUCCAGCCACAAGCGCUACAUCAAGGCAGACAGGCAGACGCAGGAAUUUCCCUCAGCACUGGCACCGACAGCGUGGGCACACCUGCCAGGGAACUACAUCUGGGAGCACUGAGCCUGCACGCCUCCUGGCCAUAACUCUGCGAAUGGACAGAACUGGCUCUGCGCACGCACACUGUACCGGCCAAAGGAGAUUUAUGAGGAGGAUAUCUUUCUCCUAGGAUAGAACAGUCCACAAAAUCGUAAGUGCUUCUGUGAAAUCCGGCUCUUGGUGCUAACCGAUUUGUGUGAGGCCCGGUUUUCAACGUGACCAUGCUGCGCUCUGUUGUGGCGUGGUCAGCGUGGGUGCUGCUGGCUGCCAGCUGGACACAUGUGGAGGCGCAGGGGCAGGAUGCUAACGCUAACCCCUGGAGACAGAUGAUCCAGUGGGAGAAUAAUGGGCGGGUGUUCAGCCUGUUGAACAGCGGGGCUGAGUAUGUCCCCGCUAGAGGCCAGGAUCGGGACAGGAGUCACCGGGUGCUGCUGGCGGACACGCCUCCUCGUGCAGAACGCAGGCCCCAGGGCGGCAACGUGCGCCGGCAGGCGCCCCCCAGGAGCAGCUCUGAAACGGUGCGAGGUCAGACCAGACACCCCUUUGGAUUUGGGCAGGUCCCAGACAACUGGCGCCAAGGUGUGCUGGGCACAGGAGAUGCCAGCAGCCGCCUGCCGUCCUCUGGCACCCGUUACAGGCCGUCUACUGGUUCAUCGUCAUCAUCCUCAUCAUCGUCAUCAUCAUCGUCUUUCCCCCAACCUCCUUUCAGCGGGCCAUCCUAUGCACAGUACCCCUAUCCACAACAGCCAUCCUAUCCUUUACCCUUUGAUCCCAGCAUUGGAGAAGGGCCUGGACCUGGCCUGGGGUACGAGCCUCCCUUCCAGAGGGGGACAGGAUAUUCAGGGGGCACAGGUGGAGGGUAUGCAGGAGGAGGAGGAGGAGGUUACACUGGUGGGGGGUAUGGGGGUGGCGGUUACACAGGAGGUGGAUACAAUGGAGGGGGUUAUGCUGGUGGAGGAUUAGGGCCAGUGAUACCACAGUCACCAUCGGACUAUGGUGAUGACAGUUACCGUUACUACCAACCGUAUGGCCAGCCUUACCAGCCUGUUCAACCUGCACUGCCUGCGCAGCCUGCGCAGCCUGCCCAGCCUGCCCAGCCUGCCCAGCCCCCGUUUUCUGACAGCCUGGACCGCAGGUACACACACAGCCUGUACAACGAAGACACCUCAGGGCCUCUUCCAGACACCAACACAGCUGCUGCCGCCAAUCCCGCCGCCCCUCCUGUGGACAGGGUGGGACCGGCAGCGCAGACGCCAGUGCGGAGCCCCCAGUACGAACAGUUUCCCCCCUUCAGAAGAGUGCAGCCGCAGCCUCAGCCACAGCCCCCCUUCGUGCCCGUUCAGUCUGGCAGAAGCCCCCAGGCACCCAACACAGCAACAGACAAUCAGUACGUCAGUGUUGGGAGUGUGUACCGGCCGGAGCAACGAGGCUUGCCUGAUCUGGUUCCCGACCCAAACUAUGUCCAGGCCUCUACUUAUGUCCAGCGGGCCCAUCUCUACUCCCUUCGCUGUGCAGCUGAAGAGAAAUGUUUGGCCAGCUCUGCCUAUGGAUCUGAGGCAACAGAUUACGACGUGAGGGUCCUUCUGCGUUUCCCACAAAGGGUUAAAAACCAAGGAACAGCCGACUUCCUGCCAAACCGCCCUCGUCAUACCUGGGAAUGGCACAGCUGCCAUCAACACUACCACAGCAUGGAUGAAUUUAGCAGUUAUGACCUCUUGGAAAUCAGUACAGGGCGGAAGGUGGCGGAGGGACACAAGGCCAGCUUCUGCCUGGAGGAUACCACCUGUGACUUUGGGCACCUCAAGCGCUAUGCCUGCACAUCGCACACUCAGGGCCUGAGUCCAGGUUGCUAUGAUACAUACAAUGCUGAUAUUGAUUGCCAGUGGAUUGACAUCACAGAUGUUCAGCCAGGAAACUACAUACUUAAGCUCAAAGUGAACCCCAAGUACACUGUGCUGGAGUCAGACUUCACCAACAAUGUGGUCAGGUGUAAUGUACAUUACACAGGUCGCUUUGCCACGACCACAAACUGCAAGAUCACCCAGUCCUGAUGAGACUCCUGGAGCUGGUACCUAUCAAUGGGUGUCCAGGGGAAUGUAAAUGGAAUUCUUCUUUUCUUUUCUUUUGUUACCAAUUCAUGACCCCACUGAGAGCCAGCAUUCCACCAGCACUGGUGACAAUAUGGAAUAAUUACACAAGCACAAGCCGAGACUUAUUGCAGAUCAUCAGAGAUCCAAGAGUCUGUGACAUCCCCCCCACCCCCCUCCCUCUCCCCACCACUUUUUUUUUUUUCCUCUGUUCCUUAGAGUGGAUGAGGGGAAGUCCCCAGCAAAUAUCCUGGAGAUUUUGAAAGAGGAGCAUAACUGGGCUCGGUGACCUUCUGCUCUGGCGUUGCCCUGUUCGGCAUUAAAUAAGGUGUGACAGGGAGCGGUGCUGCAAUUUCAGGUCCCGCAUGAGUAAAGGUUCACCUACAGUCCAGCACAUAAACUCUGGAAGUAUUCCACUGGUAUUCAUCGACAUUCUUGGAAUGCAGGACACUGAUGACCAAUGACUGCAAUGGACCAUCAUAGAUACUUUUUUUUUUGCUGUUGUUUUCGUGCAGUUGUCUAAUUUGCCUCUUUAUGCCUGCUUAAAAGGAGGACCUCUAGGCAAUUACUAACAUGAUGUAAAAAUGUAAAAAGGCUACCAAGUCCUUUAGCCUUGUACUACUGUAAGAGGAAUCCCUGCAUCUUUCUCUCAUUUGACCUAUAACCAAAUUACUGAGCAGUCAAGGUUAUAUGAGUGCCUACACAAUUUACCAUACCAUACAGUUUGACAUAAACACAAUUACAAUGCAUUUAAGCUGAAUUGUAUUCUAAGUUUUUAAGAUAUCAACACUGGACAGAUGUCAGGUUGGUGAUCUUAAUAAUGCAAUAAUGUACAUAAUUUCCCCAAUGAUGCAUAAGUUUAUUUAAAAAAUGCAUUUGUUUUGUCUUUGUUAGGUUUCUUCUUUUCGUAAUGAAAAAAGGUCUAUUGUACUGUCUGAAUUGUUGCUGUAUUUGUAAAAUACCAUAUGUCUUCUAUCACAGAUCCAAUGAAUAAUAUGUUACACAAUUAUAUGUGCAGCAGAUGGUUAUUGUGAAACUACUGCCACAAAUCAUGAAAAUGUCAGUUAGUCUCGUGUAAGCCUGGCUCGUAAAUUUACAAAACUCCAGAAUACUGUAUCUACCUACCUCUAAAAAAUUAGCUAUUGUUCCAGUUUAAAGUAAACCCUAGCAAAGCUUUUGGUUGGGUGCACAACACAUUUAUAGGGUUACGUUUACACCACCUGGUAAAAGUGACCCAAUUCUGAUGUUUUGCUCACAUGUGGCACAGAUCGGAUAUGUACUAUGAAUCAGUAAACAGGAAAAAAGCACAUGGAAGCGGAUAUUUUCAGAUCCAUUUUGGGCCACAUUCAUGUGGAAAUAAAUCCGAUCGGAUCUGCCAACGCGACGGUCAUCUAAACGCGUAGAUCGGAAUUUCCCGCUUCAUUUCGAUUUGCACUUCAUCCAAAAUGCGAUAUUCUCAUACUUUUGAAUGAUGCGUAUCAUAUGCACAACCGCUCUCCACAGGUAAUGCUAAAUGUCAAAAGAAGCAGGACGAAGGCUCAGUCCACUGGCGGAAAUCAAGGUUACGUCCUUUUAAGUGUGAGGGGCGAAAGAGUCAGUAUAGACCAAAAUACAGGGGAUAAUGUUCCUUGUGGACGUAAGAGGCUUUGAAAAGCAACAAGAUUGAAUUAUUAUUUUUUUCUCAUUUUGUGUCCACGGUAGAUGGCAAUAUGGUCGUGGUGGCGUGGUUGUUUACUUUUGAAUCGGUAACCAAACCUUUGUGAGCGCAUGGGGGUUGUUUCUAGUGUAAACCAUGUGAGCAUAGAUGGUCCCUUUAAAAAAUAGUUGUCAACAGGCAGAACUGGGCAUCAAGACAUGCGGUGUAAACGUAGCUAAAGUGAGCCUCGUAUGGGUUAGUGUUUGGUGCAUCCAACUACACACUUUGUUUUGGAUUCAUAUCCAGACACUGUUUCUGCUGAACUUGCUGAACUGCUCAAAUGACAUUUGAGGUCUGUUGAACGCAAAAGGUAAAUGACUUCUAUGGUGAAUUAAUGCAGACAAGACCUUGUGUAUUGUAUCCAGUUUAUAUACCAUAUUACACACUAACUAAUUUAGUAUUUUACAUUGACUGUGCCAUCCUUAAACAUGGUUUCUUUACUGUCGGGUGAUUCUCCAGGUUGCAGACCUACCACAACAAAAGGACAGUAAGAUUGGAGGAUGCUGUUGCAGCACCAGUGUUUGUCUACUCUCAUUGAUAAUAUCAGGUGUGAUCAACCAAACACAGCUGUUAAAAUGUAUAAUUUGUGUGUAUGUCUUUUAAAUACCUUUAUGUCUUGAAUACGUGUCGAAAGUGGCAUAUUUUCAAAUAAAAAUAACAUAAUUACAUUUAAAA